AUGGGGCUGGGGGUGAGUGUCGAGGUGCGGCGGUGCGCUUCGCUGUCGGAGGACGAGAUGCGGCAGCUCUACGGGUUCAGCAACGAACUGAUGGCCGAGUCCGCCGACUCGUUCCUCAACCACAUGGAGCAGUACGACCUCGCCUUCAUCUUUCGCGAGAAGAGCAGCACCAGCGGUGCCAAGAAGGCAUUGGGUCGUCUCGUCGGCCUGUCCGUGUGGCGGACCAUGGACACCGACAACUCCUGGGUAAAGGUCAUCGUUCAAGGCAAACUGCGGAUCGUGCACGAGUACCGGCGACGGUCGUUGCACGUGGUGGCCUGUCUCUUGUACUACGCGUGGAAGCAGCUGCGCCACCCGCUCACCCGCUUCUUCUUCUUCUCGAUCGCGAGCGUGUUUAACUACGUCUCCAUGAAGCGGAGCGUGGGCCGCUACUACGUGCUCAACAACAUCCACCCGCCCGAGGAGCGCGCCAUCGUCGCGCCGCUCUACUCCAUUCUCGACCGGGCGGUGAAGGAUGACAACUUCGAGGUGGAGGAGGGCACGGGAGCGAUCAACGUGCACGUGGUGAUCCAGCCGGAGACCUUCGCCGAGUACCCUGAGUCCUACUUCGACCUGCCCGAGGCCCGCGAGUACAUCGCGCUCAACCCGCGGUACCGCGAGGGCUACGACCUCAGCUACGUGUUCCCCUUCUCCCUCGCCAACGUGGUCUCCAUGGCCCGUCGCUGCUGGCAACAGAACCGGCAGCCGCCGCGCAGCGCACGCCACGACAUCCAACCACUGACAUGCCCUGCUCCCUCAACAUCUUCUUCAUGA